AUGUCUGCUUCGAAUAGAACUAAUUGUAAACCGCUAUCUUUUAGGACUGUAUCGGCGACGGUCAAUUCAGAGAUCGAGCAAGAAAGGUCUUCCGGUUCGAAAAAGGAAAGAAAAGCUUCGGCGGCGGCAAGAUUUACAAUAUAUAAAGUUAAUAAAGCAAGUCGUAAAAAAAGAGAAAAGUCGACGGCGAAAAAGGAGAGAAAAGCAACUAAAACACUGGCGAUAGUUCUAGGAGUUUUUCUCUUCUGUUGGGUGCCCUUCUUCACGUGUAACAUAAUGGACGCCAUGUGCAGUAAACUUGGAUUAUCCUGUCAGCCGGGAGUUGCAGCAUUCUUACUAACGACGUGGUUGGGAUACAUCAAUAGUUUUGUUAAUCCUGUCAUUUAUACAAUUUUCAAUCCUGAAUUUAGAAAAGCCUUUAAAAAAUUAAUGUUCCUUGGACCUUAAAGCUUCAAUCGUUAAUUUGGUUUGUUGUUGUUGCGUAGUAUAAUUGCUCAAAUGACACCUUUCGAAGUUCUUCCGUUUAUAUUUCUCUGUAGGUUUAAUUGCUCAAUUUGUUUUCAAGCCAAGGAAACACACAUAUACCGAAUUUAUUGUUAACAUAUCAUUAAGACGUACAUUUCUUAGAGUGUAUAUAACUUUAAUGGACACCACUACCUACCUAUAGAACA